AUGGCCCCCGUUCGCAACGCACGCGCUAUCUUCAACGCGAUUCCCGCACCCAAUGCCUUCCCCGAGCCGGGCAAGACAACAGUCUACGACGACUCCCAGACGAUUGACCCUGACACCGUGCCGCUGAACGGCGGAUUUCUCGUCAAGACGCUCGUGCUGAGCAUCGACCCGUUUAUGCGCGGCCGGAUGCGCGACCCAAGUAUCAAAAGCUACGCACCCCCGUUCUUCGUAGGACAGCCGCUGAACAACUACGCCGUCGCACGCGUCCUCCGCUCCGAGCAUCCCGCCAUCAAGGCUGGCGACCACGUCUACGGCCACCUCCCGUUCCAAGAGUACGUGGUGCUCUCCGACCCCGCUGAGCUCGGCCGCGACAUCUUCCGCGUGCUGGAAAACAAGGAGGGGUUGCCGUGGAGUGCGUAUCUCGGCGUUUGCGGCAUGCCUGGUCAAACCGCACAUCAUGCCUGGAACGAAUACUCGCACGCCAAACCCGGCGAGACUGUCUUCGUGACUGCCGCUGCAGGCCCUGUCGGCGCGACGGUCGUACAGCUCGCAAAGGCGGAAGGCCUCAAGGUAAUCGCGAGUGCGGGCUCCGAUGAGAAGGUUGCGUUUGUGAAGUCGCUCGGCGCGGAUGUCGCUUUCAACUACAAGACGAACGAUACAAAGGCGAUGCUGGAGCGUGAGGGCGGCAUCGAUAUAUACUGGGACAACGUAGGCGGACCCACGCUCGACGCGGCACUCGGCGCAGCCCACCGUCAUGCACGAUUCAUCGAAUGUGGCAUGAUCAGCGCAUACAACUCGGAGCCGUACAUGCUGAAGAACGUACAGCUCAUUGUCACGAGAGAGUUCAAGCUGAGCGGAUUCAUCGUCCUGAGUCUGCACAACAAGUACCUCGGGCGUUUCUACGAUGAGAUACCGCAAAUGGUGGCGUCGGGUCAGAUCAAGUACACGGAGGACAGAUCACUGGGGCUCGAAGCGGCUGGGGAGGCAAUUGUCUCCGUGCAGAAAGGUACAAACACAGGGAAGAAGGUUAUGGUUGUAUCAGACGAUUGA